GAAACUCGCGUGUUCGGACUUUGGCGAUGGUCCGUGAACGCAACGAGGGACCGUCCGACAUGGCGGCGCAGCGCAGGAAUCUGAUGCAGAGCCAUCAGAGCUGGACAGAUGACCUGCCACUGUGUCAGAUGUGUGGGGUUGGCACUGCACCAAACUGUGUGUACAGCUCCGACGGUAAAGGAACUCAGAGCCACACCAACGAGGACGGACACCUAAGGUUCAGAGGCGAGGAUGGCUGUUUCCUGUAUGGGGUUUUUAACGGUUAUGAUGGCAGCAGAGUGGCCAGUUUUGCCUCCCAGUGUCUGACAGCUGAACUGCUGCUAGGACAGCUCAACUCCAGUCACACAGACAACGACGUCCGCAGGAUCCUCACACAGGCCUUUGAUGUGGUGGAGAAGAGCUACUUUGAGACGAUAGAUGACGCUCUGGCUGAGAAAGCUCACCUGUCCAACUACCUCCUACCACACAAUGAGAAUGUGUCAUUCCACCAGCUUUCUUCCCAGGGUCAGAAGGUGCAGGAGCGCCUGAAAGAGCUCGAGCAGGAGGUGUCAGGAGGAGCUACAGCGGUUGUGGCACUCAUCUUAAACAACAAGCUUUACAUCGCCAACGUUGGUACCAACAGGGCACUGCUGUGCAAGUCCAGCAUCGAUGGCCAGAACCAGGUUCUCCAGAUCGGCCGACCACACAGCACAGACAAUGAAGAUGAGCUACAGAGACUGGCUGCACUGGGUGUGGAUUCAGCUCGUGUAAGGCAGGCGGGGCAGAUUGCCGGCCAGAGCAGCACGAGGAGGCUCGGAGACUACCGAGUGAAGUUCAACUACAAUGAAAUCGACUUGCUCAGCGCAGCCAAGACGAGUCCAAUCAUUGCAGAACCGGAGAUUCACGGCAGCCAGUCUUUGGACAGCGUGACAGGCUUCUUGUUGCUGAUGUCAGAAGGUCUCAUCAAUGCCCUUGAGUCUGCCCACGGCCCUGAGCAGGCCAAUCAGGAAAUCGUUGCCAUGGUAGCAGCAGAGCUGGCCCAGCAGACCAGUCUGGAGACAGCGGCUCAGUCGGUGGUGGACCGCGUCAAGAGGUUGCACCACGAUGUCUACGUGUCCGGCCGUCAGAGGGCGACUUACUGUUCUCGGCAUGAGGACAUGACCCUGCUCAUCCGCACGCUCAACUACGCGCUGGCUGACGGAGCGCUCACGCCCACACAGGGUGGACGCAUCUACCCCGUGUCAGUGCCCUACUCCAACAGCCAGAGCACCAGUAAAACCAGUGUCACCCUCUCACUGGUCAUGCCCUCUCAAAGUACCCUUACCAAUGGAACCAACACUGCCUCCACCCUGGAGGAAGGCACCCCCACACCAGGCAGUCAGAGCCCCACUGCCACCCUCCAAUCCACCAACACCCAGACGCAGAGCUCAAGCUCCAGCUCGGGAGAUGGAAGCCUGUUCCGCCAAAGAGGCAGCCAGGCGGCUCAGCCCGACGAGACGGGCAGGGUCCCGCCUUACGUGGACUUCAGUCAGUUUUAUCUCCUGUGGGGAAGUGAUCACAGCGAUGGCCAGAGCACCCAGGGAGGACUGGGACCCCAGUGAGAAGGAUAAGCAAGGGUGCAAGUUGGAAAGAGAUGGACUGGGUUUUCUGGCGGCAAGGAGGCACAUGGAUUUCGAAGGGACAAAGAUUUUAAGAAGUGGUUGGGAUGAUGGAUUAAAUGCUAUUAAUGUAUCAUAACUAAAAAUAAGUGACCUCAAGGUUCAUGGAGAAGCAUGGAGGAAGGACUGGGGUUUGCUAUCAAACAUAAACAGUGGAUGAAGCCAGUGGGCAAUGAAUAACAGUGAGAAAAUGGUGUGAUGACACAUCAUGAAGUGUUUUUCCUCUUCUUGUAAUAGAUGCUGGUCAUGAGUGAUUGUGAAUAUAUGUAAUCCAGAGUGUAACCAUCAUUGUCAGAUGUAAAAACAUGUAUCUGCUAACAGGAAUCACAUAGAUUUGAGAAUGAUUACAUACUGUUAGGCCUUAAAAUGGAAUGAGUGUAUGCAUUUGAAAGUACUUUUUUAUUUGUAAUGAAAGUAUAUCUCCAAAUGAA